AGCGCAGCGCGAUUGGGUGCUUAGUGUAUCUGUGACAUUAAAAAUACAAUUCUUUGUUUCGAAAAACUUUACAAAUUAAUAUUGUUCGUUUGAAAUAUAUUUCGUGUCAUCUGUUAUUUUUGGAAAUUGAUUUAUAAAAAGAACUUUUUUAAUAGUUUGUGAAGUAUUUAUUGUUAGCUAUGGCUGAAUGGGUGCUAUUGCGUGAAGCUUACUGAUUUCAAAAUGGCGACGUCCGACAUUACGUUCCAAGAUGGCAACUUUAAACAUCCAUAUUUACUUGCAUUGGUACGUUGGUGUGUUUCCUCAUUCUGGAGCACGGCUACCGUUAUUCUGCACAGAAUUAUAACGGCACCCAUACCCCCAAUUAAAGCGCCGAAGGUUCCAAAAACUCGACCAGCGAGCUCGGAUCAUUUACACCCUGAGCCGAAAGUGGAAUGUCUGGUUUUACACACGCCCGGCGAACCGACCCUAGAUAUUAUAUUCGUCCAUGGACUUUAUGGAUCAUUAGGGAACACUUGGAGACAGGGGGAAUGGAUGUCCAAGUACGAUAAGCUGCCGACGAAAAUGCCAUUAAGAAGACCGCACUCCAGACCGACGUGCAAAUGUCCCGCCGAACCGACGAAUUGUUACGAAAACGACAACACACAAAAAUCUACAAACAAUGACGGAACAAACGAGCAAACAGAGAACAAAAUGGCGUCUGAAAAAAUGAACACGAACGCGUAUAAGAAAAGUAAUCAAGUCCUACCUCAGGAUAAUUAUUUCGCAGCGGACACGUUCUACAAUAACAAACUAUUGGAACAGGUCAAUAUUGGAAAUUACGAAACCCAAGCGCAGUUCGUUAAGGACAUGUUCGAAAAUGACGCUAGGGAAAUGAAAGCCAGCUGCAAGUGUAUCGGUGACGUGUGUCGUGGCUGCGGGUGCGUCUGUGACGAGUGCUACUCCCCGUGCUGGCCCAGAGACUGGAUCAGAGUGGAUCAUCCCGGUGCGAGAGUGAUAUCAAUCAAUUACACCAGCGAUCCGUAUCUAUGGCGACCGCUUUGGAUCAGGGAGAUUAAAAGACUGCGACUCCACGAUCGAGCUGACCAGAUGAUCUCACAGCUGCUGGACCUCGGGGUGGGAGAACGUCCGAUUGUUUGGGUCGGUCAUUCUAAGGGCGGUUUAUUCAUCAAACAAAUUUACUGUGAAGCUUACGACGCGCACCUGAAACUAACAAACGCCGAUCGAAUAACGACGAAAUAUGUUAAAAACGAACAAUACACGACGGAGUGUAAAAACGACAAUCGGAUUAAUCAUUGCAUCGACGCAGACAAUACAGACGGACACGAAGACUGUGAUAAGGACUGUGAUAACGCUAGGGACGAUAUCGAUAUCGAUAAUGCUUUAAAUAGUGAUGUAUUAAAUAAUAACGCAGUAAAUAAUAGUAAUAAAGUUAAUAAUGUAUUAGAAGACAGUAAUGCUGAAGAUAACGAAGCUACUGAGAAUAACAAAGACCAGUUAAUCAGGAAGGCAAGCCUCUGGACCAACAGCGCUGGCUUCAUGUUCUACUCCGUCCCGCACCGCGGGUCGCCGCUCGCUGAUAUCAAAACACCCAUCACGGCCAGGAGCAUUGAGCUCAUGGAAAUUUGUAAAGAUUGUAGAUUAGUCCUCAGUCUGCAGGAGCGCUGGCUGCAAGCUGCGUCGUCCGCACAGCCGGCCGUCCGCAGCCUCGUCGAGACGUGUCGCACUCUCAUGUCUGUCCUCUACCUAAGAAUAGUCAGUGUAGACUCGGCAGAUCCUGGUAUAGGAGCUCUAUACGGCGUCUCUGUCGACCACAGAGAGAUCUGCAAGCCUUCGAGUAGAGAGUGUCUGCUCUAUAAAGAAUUAAUGACCUUGAUCGAAGCAGCUCUCAGUAAACACAGACUAAACAAAGACAGAUGCGAUUCGAAUAAAAUUUAUUGCCAGUGAUAAAAAAUUAUGUUACAAUAAAAGUCGAAAUGUAUAUUUUGUUAAAUUUUUAACUCAUAUGUAUUUUUUAUGUGUACACAAUUUAUGACAAAAAACGCUAGUAAAGUUUUUCUAAAUAUCUCGACGAAAACUAAACUCAAAUAUUGGUAUCAGUGAGCACUCAUAAGCCGAAUUGAGUUAUUUACAUAUACAAAAACAUAUUCAAAAUUUGUUUUUAAUUUUUAUAUACAUCGAUAUUAAAUUUUUUUUUAAAUAUUUUAUAGACAUAUUCCAUGUGGUUUUAUUAUCUGUGAAUUUACUCAUGAAAUUUUGACAGCUGAAAUAUGAUGAUACGCCAUUUUGUUACGUGUAUCCUGUAAAUUGUUUAAUUAUUAUAUUCAAUGACGUAUAACACAUUUUUAGUUAUUUAUACUGGCUAUCAUAAAACAAUACAUACGAUUUGAAGCCUUACAGACACUAAUUUAAUGUAUAUGUUACUGUAAAAGCUCGAACUAAGGUAAAUCUUAAGAUUUUCCAGUAAAUCCUAAGAUUUACCGACAUGAGUAGGUGAAUGUAUUUAUUAUAA